AUGUUCAUGCAUUUGGAGGUUUUCUAUUAUAUUUUCAUUCUUCUGGCUCAUAUGAGGUCUUACUGCUGCUGGUCAGUGAAUAAUUUCUUGAUGACUGGACCCAAGGCGUACCUGAUCUACUCCAGCAGUGUGGCAGCAGGAGCUCAGAGUGGCAUAGAGGAGUGCAAAUACCAGUUUGCAUGGGACCGCUGGAACUGCCCAGAGAGAGCGCUCCAGCUGUCCACACACAGCAGCCUGCGCAGCGCAAAUCGGGAGACAGCGUUUGUCCAUGCUAUCAGCUCCGCUGGUGUGAUGUACACGCUGACCAGGAACUGCAGUCUUGGGGACUUUGACAACUGUGGCUGUGACGACACCAGGAACGGACAACGGGGUGGUCACGGAUGGCUCUGGGGGGGCUGCAGUGACAACGUCGGCUUUGGCGAGGCCAUCUCUAAACAGUUUGUUGAUGCCCUGGAGACCGGGCAGGACGCACGGGCAGCCAUGAAUCUCCAUAAUAACGAGGCUGGACGCAAGGCUGUGAAAGGGACCAUGCAGCGGACGUGUAAAUGUCACGGGGUCUCAGGGAGCUGCACCACUCAGACCUGCUGGCUGCAGCUCCCAGAAUUCAGGGAGGUUGGAAACUACCUGAAGGAGAAAUAUCACAGGGCUCUGAAGGUGGAUCUUCUGCGGGGAGCGGGGAACAGUGCAGCCAGCCGAGGGGCCAUCGCCGAGACCUUCAGCUCCAUCUCUCGCAAGGAGCUGGUCCAUCUGGAAGACUCCCCUGAUUACUGCCUAGAAAAUCGCACUCUUGGCUUGCCGGGCACAGAGGGCCGCGAAUGCCUCAAGAAAGGCAAGAACCUGAGCAAAUGGGAGAAGCGGAGUUGCAAAAGACUAUGCGGCGAAUGCGGGCUGGCUGUGGAGGAACGCAAGGCUGAGAUGGUGUCGAGCUGUAAUUGUAAAUUCCACUGGUGCUGCGCGGUGAAGUGCGAGCAGUGCCGAAAGACAGUGACCAAGUACUUCUGUGUGAAGAAAGGAGGCCAGCGGGGCAGGAAUGAGAGCGCUAGCAGCCGCAGGAAGAGCCUCAGACUGAGGAAGAAGCACUGA